UCACCUCCUGUGCUGUCAUGUCGGUGUCCCUGUCCAGCAUCCCUGUAAUGCUGAAGGAGAAGAGCUAUCCAGCCGGCAUGCUGAAGGGCAGUCCUGCCCGCGGCUUCUACCCAGCUCCUCUCCCCGGCCCUCAUCACUAUGUGGACUUCUUCCCGCGUACGCACAACCUUCUCCACCCGCUCAAGUCCCUCGGUCGUCUGGUGUCGGACGCUCAGGCUUCCCUGCCGCUCAGCCUGCACGGCGGGGCCACUCCCUUUCUCGGCCAGGCCGGCCACAACGCCUCGGUCCUCCACGAACACAUGUUGAGCGCCUCCAGCAUCCCGUAUCUGAGCCAGAUGUUGCCCGGACACCCACUCUACUCCAAACCGGAGGAGCUGGCUGCUGUGGUGACCGAACACGCCGCCGGUCCGCUGUCUUCAGACUUCAGCAGCCCGUCCAGUGAACGGUCUUCUGCUCCUGCAUCCGCCAACACACCGCCCAAGGAGAGCUUCCUUCGGCUCCGGAGCACGGACCAUUCCACAGAGAAAAAGGGCGCAUCGUACAACUUCAGUGAGGACGACUUGUUCACGGUGCUCUACGGAUACUCCGGCAGCCAGGAGCGUAGCGUGGGUCACGCCAUAUCAGGAGUGGCCCUGCCGGAAAACUCAAUUUCUGACUCACACAUUUUCCCACUGGACAAAGAAACUCUUGAACUUCCAGAGGGGUUAACCAUUCUCCAGGCAUCCUGGGGAAACGCUUCGAGCUGUGGUGUUUUUGCGGAUAAACGCAGUAUUCCUAAAGGGGCCCGUUUUGGACCUUUCCAAGGAAAACUAGUCAACACAAGCGAAAUUAAAAUAUACGACGAUAACACCUUGAUGUGGGAGGUGUUUGAGAACGGCCGCCUCAGUCACUUUGUGGACGGAAGAGGGGGAUCUGGUAACUGGAUGUCUCUGGUGAAGUGCGCUCGCUUUCCCGAGGAGCAGAACCUGGUUGCCGUGCAGGUCCAGGGCCAGAUAUUUUACGAGGCCUGCAAGGAGAUCACGCCAGGCCAGGAGCUUUUGGUGUGGUACGGAGACUGCUACAUCCAGUUCCUCGGGAUCCCCCUCACACUGAAAGACCCUAGAGAGGACAGCAACGCGGUGCCUCCCUCUGAAGAUUCAAGCGAAGGCUUCAAGUGUGACAGAUGUGGGAAGGUUUUUGCGUACAAAUACUACAGAGACAAACACCUGAAAUACACCCGCUGCGUGGACCAGGGGGACAGGAAGUUUCCGUGUCACCUCUGCAACAGAUCUUUCGAGAAGAGGGACAGAUUACGGAUCCACAUCCUCCACGUCCACGAGAAACACAGACCUCACAAGUGCUCGGUUUGUGGGAAAAGCUUCUCCCAGUCCUCCAGUCUCAACAAACACAUGCGCGUGCACUCGGGUGAACGUCCGUACAAGUGUGUCUACUGCAAUAAGGCCUUCACUGCCUCCAGCAUUCUGCGCACACACAUCCGACAGCACUCCGGUGAGAGGCCCUUCAAGUGCAAGCACUGCGGGAAGGCCUUCGCCUCCCACGCCGCCCACGACAGCCACGUCCGUCGGACGCACGCCAGAGACAAGCCGUAUCCAUGCGAGCUGUGCGGAGUGUCUUUCCAAGAAGAGCAGGAGCUUAAAUACCACAUGAAAAGCCACAAAAAAAGGCAAAUCUUGGACAGCACCAUUCUCCCGUCUUCUCCGGAGAGAGGAUUGCAGGAGGAGUCCCUGUUUCCGCUGAAGGACCAUCAGAAGAAUAGCGGACAAAACUUUCCUUACAGCGGCUUAACAGUUUUAAAUCCAGAAUAUCGGCCCUGGAACUAGACUCCACUUUCUUCUGUAAACAUGACUGAUCCUGUGAUAUAUUCUAGAUGAUUUGAGACAGCACAAACACAGCGAAGAAUCUUUACGCAGUGUUUGUGGUGAGACUGUGAAACAUGAAGGUAAAUUUGUUGUACAGGCCUAUUUAAAUAGGUAGAUAAUAACUGGAUAAUUUGAGCUGCUGGGCAACUGUGUCCGCGUCUGUUUAUAUAUGAACAUGUUGUGUAUUGUCAUGUGGCUUAAAGCUUCUCUACUAUUGUUGUGCGGGACAGUUUUGAUGCAUUGUAAUGCCUAUUAUUGUUAUUAUUAUUAUUAUUAUUAUUAUUAUUAUUAUUUCCUUGCGUCAUCUACCGCUUCAAAAGCAAACCUAUUUUAUCGCUGUAGAUUUGAGUCGAUUUGUGUAUAAAUGUACCCCCCCCCCUCCUAAUUUAUAAUGUAUGAUAAUGUUUUUUACUGUAAUGUUAAGCUGCCAGAAAGCAACUACAAGAGUCGUCGUUUGUUCACUUUGAGCGUCCACUUUUUCAUGGUUAACCUAAAAAACAAAAAUCAGCGCAUGCAACAAGAGUGUUUUUGCUCUUGUUUAUUUCCGAAUGUAGAAAAUGUAUUUCUAAAACGAAUAAAAUAAAUUAACAUU